GUUAAGAGCUAAUUUCUGACGAUCCUAAAAUUAUAAAUCCAAAAAUCCUAAAAUUAUUAUUUUAAAAAUUUAAUUCGGUGAAGGAAUUUACUUAUAGUAGUUAUUAAUAAAAACCUAAACAUUAAUGCAGUGAAAAACUUAUUUGACGGAAAUAAGUGUAUACGGCAGAGUGGUUACGAUAGUAAUUCACGUGGCAACAACUAUCGACGGAAUAAACGACAUACAGAGACGGAAAAGAUAAUCGAAGCACUAAAACGAAUUAAAAACGGAUCAUACUUCGCACGAAUAAACUGGCCGUUAAAUAUUCGGAAAGCAACCUCCUUUCAUCUAUUUCUUGUUGCAGCGCGAUACGCAAGCAACAAUUUUUUAAUUCGUUUUACACGAUGUCGACCAAGUCCGGAUCUAAAUCCUCUGCCCCCAAUAAAGGUAAUUGCUCAGCUACUCAAUCUAUAUGCACGCGUAAUGAAAGAACUCUCAGCUCUAAAGCGGAGGCUUCAAAUAAAGAACUCCUUCUCAACCCCAACUCAAAUAUUUCUAAUCGGAAAACUCCCUCGAUCAAAAGUACCCGUUCUAAAUCUUCCCGUGCGAGCUCACUAAAAGUCGGUCAGAGUUGUCGGUCCUGUUAUUGCGCAGACAAUAGUCGUAUGGUACAGUGUGACGACUGUGAUAGGUGGCAUCACUUUAAUUGCGUUGGUGUUGAUAGUCAGAUCGAGAUGGUCCCGUGGCAGUGUGUUGAGUGCGAGAAAGGGGCAGACCGAAACCGUAAAUUCGAUAAACAACCCGGAACGGCAAAUGUAGCAAACGCUAGCAGCGUAUCGAAACAAUGCGCUUCAUCUGAAAGCAAAAGGGAUCACCAAAAAUUGGGUCGAGACGCGAUUAAAUCGACAGAUUCACUGUCAGUAUCGUCCAGACGAUCAUCUAUAAGGACUAUACAACGAUUAGAAUUGCAACUUCAGAAACUCGAAGCUGAGCAGACACUUCUAGAUGAGAAGAAGAACCUAAUUGAACAACAAUUCAGUGUCCUUGAGGAGUUGGCAAGUUUGAAUGAAGAAGAAGCAGAAGAAGUUGAAUCAAAAAAUGAUUCCAAGGUUCAAGAUUGGUUGAAUAGAAAGAGCGAUGCAUGCCGGAAUUGUGCUUCGUGUGAAGAGUUUGUGAAUGAGGAACAGUCAGAAAACAGCAGUGAUUCUUCUUCAGAAGAAGAGCAGGAACAACAAACAGUGCACGAUUUACCUCACUUUAAUUCAAAUAAGCGCUCUACGCCAAGGAGAAAGCACGUCAUCGAGCGGGGAACGUUUGCAACCAGCACCCAGUUCAAUUGUAGCCUGUCACGUAAUCAACUCGCCGCGCGCCAAAUUGUCGCUAAAGAUUUGCCUAUCUUUACAGGCAAUCCUGAGGAUUGGCCACUUUUCUUCUCAACCUAUAAAAGCACGACACGGAUGUGUGGUUACACGAAUGAUGAAAACAUGAUUAGACUGAUAAGUUGCCUGAAGGGUGAAGCCUUUACAGCAGUACGAAGCUAUCUGCUUUAUCCAUCAACAGUGCCGAAAGCGAUGGACGCUUUCAAACUUAGGUUCGUUCAGCCUCAAUUCAUAAUACAUUCAGUACGAGAUAAAGUUCUAGCAAUGCCGACGCUGAAAGCUGACUCGAUUGACAAAACCAUCGAUUUCGCACUAGCCGUGCAAAACUUUGUAGCAACAAUUGACGCUUGCGGUCGGAAGGAGUAUAGGCGAGAUGUUUCAUUGUUAAGCGAUCUUGUGGGUAAGCUCCCCACCUCAAUGAAGUUAGAGUGGGCGAGAUAUAUGAAAGGUUUACGAAAGGUGAAUCUGGCAGAUUUUAGUGAAUGGCUAUACAACAUCGCCGCAGACGCCUGCCUGGUCUCGGAGCCGAGAAAAAUUCAGGAGACCCUAUGUUAUGGCACGCGUAAGAAAACAAAACCCUUCAUUAACACACAUGCUGAACAGCCUAGUUUGCGUAACGAAGAUUUACCUGGACCGAGUAAAAUUACGCAUAAGACGAUCGGCGAGCAAAAGAAACUUACGAUGAGAUUAUGUAUUGUCUGCAAAGGUAACUGUGCACUUUUAAUAAAAUGUAAGCGUUUUUUGGAUCUUUCUUACGAUGGAAAGUGGGCAACUAUACACGAGGCCAAAGUCUGCCGCAAAUGUCUGAAGCAGCAUAAGGGAGGGUGUAUGUCGAAGGAAUGCGGCAUAAAUGGAUGCACUUUCAAGCAUCAUCCCCUGUUGCACAAAGAGCUGAGCGUAACGUCUUCAACAGCUAAUAAUGAACAAGCAAACGAAGCACAGGCGUGCAACACUCAUCAGGGAGGAUCCAGUGCCAUCCUCUUUCGCUAUGUUCCGGUUGUAGUAUACGGUGAUGGUAACAGUGUACAUUGUUAUGCAUUCUUGGACGACGGAUCCUCGUUAACGCUAAUGGACCAAGACCUAGCUGAGGAGCUGAAUCUUUCAGGAGAGCCCAAUCCGCUAUGUCUCAAAUGGACAGGAGGUACACACCGUUCGGAAAACAACUCACAUAAGGUAGCGUUGGAUAUUUCUGGUCUUAAGGGUAAGCGUUUUCACUUUGAGAAUGUUCGAACAGUUAGUGAGCUUCAGCUACCACCUCAAUCACUCGAUGUUAAACAGCUUCAAUCUGAAUACCGUCAUCUUAGAGGUGUCCCUGCGCAAUCGUACCGAGACGUCCGCCCACGCCUGCUAAUCGGCGUUCAGCAUGCCUACGCGACACUCGUGCGAAAAAGCCGAGAAGGGAGGGUUGAUCAACCUAUUGCAAUAAACACCAAUCUUGGAUGGACUAUAUAUGCUGGAGCCCCAAACGGUCAAUCGAUGAGCAUGCUACACUACGCAUAUCAUGUCAAACAAUGCAACCAUGAUGAUGUUGAUAAGAUCAACGACAAUAUGGAACGUGCGUUAAAAGAUUUGUUUGCUAUUGAGAGCUUAGGUGUUACUUCCUCUAAUAAGGAAAUCCGCUCUCAAGAUGAUGAACGGGCCAUUCAGCUUCUACAUGAUCUCACUCAGUUCAAUGGAAAGAGAUACGAAACAGGUUUAUUGUGGAGAAACAAUAAUGUAAAAUUGCCGGACAGCAAACCAAUGGCUUUAAAGCGAAUGUAUAGCAUGCAAUGGCGCAUGGAAAAGGACCCAGACUUGGCGCGAAUUCUGGACGAAAAGCUGGCGGAUUAUCUAAAUAAGGGCUAUAUACGCAAACUUACCACCGCGGAGCUGGAGGAAAACCACAAACGUGUUUGAUACUUACCUGUAUUUCCAGUGACUAAUCCAAAUAAACCAGGCAAGGUUAGGCUUGUCUGGGAUGCGGCUGCUGUGGUGAAUGGUGUCUCGUUAAAUACAUCUCUACUUGCUGGUCCUGAUUUGUUUACUUCGCUAGUUUCUGUCCUUUACAAGUUCCGCGAGCAUCGUUUCGCAAUAUGCGGUGACAUUCGCGAAAUGUUCCACCAAGUUAAAAUUCGUAAUGAAGACCAGCACAGUCAGCGCUUCUUAUGGUCAGCGAGGAUAGGAAAAAACUCAAUACCUAUGCGAUGCAGGUGAUGACGUUUGGGGCAUGCUGCUCACCCGCGAGCGCGCAAUUUAUAAAGAACCUGAACGCAGAGCGUUUCAGUGAAGAUCUGCCAGCCGCUGCGAAAACGAUAGUACAAUGUACGUACGUUGAUGAUAUGUUGUGUAGUGAGGAAACGGAAGAAAAGGUCAUCGAAUUGGCGAAAUCAGUCCGAUUUAUCCACGAGCAAGGCGGCUUCGAAAUCCGUAAUUGGACAUCAAAUUCGAGGUCAGUUCUGGCUGCACUUAAGAGUGAGACGUGUUUAUCAAAAAACCUCGAUCUAUCAUCUAGUCUGGCAACUGAAAAGGUUUUAGGCCUCUGGUGGUGUACCGAUUCAGAUUGCUUCACCUUUAGAAUAAAUUGGAGCAGAUUAGGAGAAGAUCUACUAAAGGCAAAGCGGCGUCCCACGAAACGGGAGGUUCUGCGAACUAUGAUGUCUAUUUAUGACCCGCUAGGUCUUGCAGCACAUUAUCUCAUGUAUCUCAAAAUGCUUUUCCAAGAGAUCUGGCGAUCUGGUGUUAGUUGGGACGACGAGAUCAAUCAGCAAUGCUUUGAAAAAUGGCAGACAUGGCUUAAGCUUCUACCCGAAAUAGAGAAUUUAAAGAUUCCACGAUGCUACAGACUCCGAACGUCAGCUGGUCAAGAAACGGAAAUUCAGUUGCAUACAUUCGUCGAUGCCGGUGAGAAUGGUAUGGCAGCCGCUGUAUAUCUUCGCUAUGCAGAGAAAGGGAAGGUCGAAUGCUCACUUGUUGGCGUGAGAACCCGCGUAGCACCGCUCAAAUAUCUCACCAUCCCAAGACUGGAGCUUCAGGCGGCGGUAAUUGGGGCAAGACUAGCCCACCUUAUCAGUGAAGGAUUAACCAUUAGCAUCACAAAAUAUGUAUAUUGGUCAGAUUCAAGGAACGCGCUUUCGUGGAUAAGAGCUGAUCACCGUAGAUAUAGCCAGUUUGUGGCUACACGUGUAAGUGAAAUUCUGGAUUUGACUAACGUUUCUGAUUGGAAGUGGGUUCCUACGAAGUGGAACGUGGCGGAUGAGGGAACAAAAUGGCAAAGUCGUCUAGUACUAACGAGUGACAUCAAAUGGUAUAAAGGACCUGACUUUCUCUAUCAACGCGAGGAAGAAUGGCCAGUGACACCGGACAAAAUGGUUGAACCUAUGGAUGAACUACAAGCGAAUAUUCACGUGCACACCGAGACUCAGAGGAUGGCAGUUCCGAUUAACAACUUUCAAAGUCUGAGAGGUAUGGUCCGAGCAACUGCACUCGCCAUUCGGUUUCUGAGGAACGCACUUUCGAAAUGCUUCACUCGAAUUAGUGGUGGUCUAACCAGUGAAGAAAUCCGCAAUGCUGAGGUUUUCCAUUUCCAUGCUGCGCAACAGGACGCCUUCUGAGAAGAGCUUUCUGUUCUAAUGAAAAACGAUCCCAGGCUAUUACUUCCCAAACGAAGCCCGCUUUAUAAACUUAAUCCCUUUGUCGAUGAGCAUGGAUUGAUUCGUAUGCGAGGCAGAACCGGACUGUGCGAGUUUCUGCCUCGGGAUGCUGUAAAUCCCAUAAUACUUCCUCGAGAACAUCCUGUCACACAGCUUGUUGUCAAAAGCUACCACGAAAAGUUUCACCAUCGAAAUCAUGAAUCGGUCAUUAAUGAGAUCCGACAGAGAUUCUGCAUCAGUCGAUUACGCAGAGUAUAUGCGGAAACAAGAUUCGAUUGCCUACACUGCAAGCUGCGAGAUGCUCGCCCACGCCCUCCACAAAUGGCUGAUCUGCCUCGCUGUCGUUUAGCAGCGUUCGUUCGUCCGUUCACUCACACCGGGGUAGAUUACUUUGGUCCUAUGGAAGUUGCAAUAGGGAGGAGGGUUGAGAAGAGAUGGUGGUCUUACAUGCCUAUCUAUCCGUGCUGUUCAUAUUGAAGUAGCUAGCUCACUUACCACAAACUCUUGCAUAAUGGCAAUAAGAAAUUUCAUUGCACGCCGAGGAACUCCAGCCAUAUUCUAUAGUGACCGGGGAACAAACUUUAUUGGUUCGGACCGUGAACUGAAGACAUCCUGGCGCUUCAAUCCUCCAGCAGCUCCCCAUAUGGGAGGGAGCUGGGAGCGACUUAUACAGUCUGUCAAGCGAACUUUAUCUGAGCUACACCUGUCUCCCCGCCCAAGUGAUGAAGGGCUCAGAAACGCGUUGAUCGAAGUAGAGGGUAUCUUGAAUGCCCGACCACUCACUCACGUACCCAUAGAAGACGAAGCCAGUCCAGCUCUCACUCCAAACCAUUGGCUUCUGGGAAGCUCAGAUGGGGCCAAGCCAUUGUCACUUCUCGAUGAGAACUCUAUUGCUUUGAGACGUGGUUGGCAUUUGUCCCAAAAAUUCGCAAACCAAUUUUGGACCAGGUGGCUUCGAGAAUACCUCCCAGAAAUUACCAGGCGCUCGAAAUGGCAUCGAAGGGUUCGGCCAAUCGCUGAAGGAGACAUCGUUCUAAUCGUCGAUCCAAACUCCCCAAGAAACUGCUGGCCAAAGGGACGGGUCAUUGGUACAGUGAAUCGCGAUGGACAGGUACGGACUGUGACCAUUAAAACGUCAAUUGGUAUAUACGAGAGACCAGCUGUGAAGGUGGCAGUGCUUGACAUAGAGCAUGAGACAAAAUUAGCUGACUCAGAGGCGGAGUCAGCGAACUAGAGGGGAGUGUCAUCGGAGCUGGGUGGUUCUGUGUGCACCUCCUCAUAGCGCAUCACACAUGGAGAAAGAGACGUCAUCAUGACAGUUUAGCGGAAAGAGCGAGAGAGAAAUGAUAGAUACGUCAGCGUAUCUGCUGACUUGCAGAAAUAGAAAUUGAGCGAACUCGAUAGCGUUAAGAGCUAAUUUCUGACGAUCCUAAAAUUAUAAAUCCAAAAAUCCUAAAAUUAUUAUUUUAAAAAUUUAAUUCGGUGAAGGAAUUUACUUAUAGUAGUUAUUAAUAAAAUCCUAAACAUUAAUGCAGUGAAAAACUUAUUUAACGGAAAUAAGUGUGUACGGCAGAGUGGUUACGGUGAGAAGCGAGGUUAACUGAAUUUAUUGUAUUUCUUACAAAUUAAUUCAAUAUUCAGAUAGUAAUUCACGUGGCAACAACUAUCGACGGAAUAAACGACAUACAGAGACGGAAAAGAUAAUCGAAGCACUAAAACGUAAGAAUAUUGUAAACUAGUUAAAACCUAACCCUAAAUUAAAACUUAUACUUACAGGAAUUAAAAACGGAUCAUACUUCGCACGAAUGAACUGGCCGUUAAAUAUUCGGAAAGCAACCUCCUUUCAUCUAUUUCUUGUUGCAGCGCGAUACGCAAGCAAUACACUCCAUCUAUUAAAGGUGAAAGUUUUCUAUAAAAGUGCAGUUAAUUACAUCGGUGCGAAG